AUGGCUGCACGACGCUCGAGUCGCUUCCUCAAGCCGCUUGCCUACGCGGCUGGUGCUGGUCUGGCUGGCAGUGCAGCCCUCUACACCGUCGUCCGCCCGCGAGACAUCCCCGGCACAGAAGCUGCCGCGGUGCCACCGCCCACGUACGGCGAGGGCGGCGUCUUCAACCCACCCCGGUUCCCCAACGUCAUCUCGCGCGAGGAGCAGAUCGCCAAGCUCAAGGCCAGCGGAGGCGUCGUCGCGCAGGUCGCGGCCAAGGCCAAGCACCUGCUGACCGGCACCGUGGCUCCGCCCGAGGCCAAGCCCGAGCAGGACGAGUACGAUCUGCUGGUCAUCGGUGGCGGUGCGACGGGUGCUGGUAUCGCGCUCGAUGCCGUCACACGAGGCCUCAAGGUCGCCAUGGUCGAGCGCGACGACUUCAGCAGCGGCACCAGCAGCAAGAGCACGAAGCUGGUGCACGGCGGCGUCCGAUAUCUCGAAAAGGCCGUCUGGAACCUGGACUACAACCAAUACGCCCUCGUCGUCGAAGCCCUCCGCGAGCGCCGCUACUUCUUGGACACGGCACCGCAUCUCUCGCAAUGGCUCCCCAUCAUGAUCCCCAUCCAGAAGUGGUGGCAGGCGCCCUACUUCUGGGCCGGCACCAAGUUCUACGACUUCCUCGCCGGUUCCGAGAACAUUGAGAGCUCCUACUACAUGACCAAGAGCAAGGCGCUGGAUGCCUUCCCCAUGCUGAAGAAGGAGGGUCUUUUCGGCGCUCUGGUCUACUACGACGGCGCCCACAACGAUUCCCGCAUGAACGUCUCUCUGGCCAUGACAGCAGCUCUGUACGGCGCCACCGUUGUCAGCCAUGUCGAGGUCACCGGUCUCACAAAGGAUGCCGACGGCAAGCUCAACGGCGCCACCGCAAAGGACCUCGUCACAGAGCUGGACGGCAACAAGGCCGAGGAAUUCACCAUCAGGGCCAAGGGAGUCAUCAAUGCCACUGGUCCCUUCACCGACUCCAUCCGCAAGAUGGACGACCAGAAGGUUCAGGAGAUUGUGGCGCCUAGCUCCGGUGUCCACGUCAUCCUCCCCGGCUACUUCAGCCCGGCCAACAUGGGUCUGAUCGACCCCAACACCUCGGACGGACGUGUCAUUUUCUUCCUGCCAUGGCAGGGUAACACGAUUGCCGGCACCACAGACACGGCUUGCGAUGUCAAGCAGAACCCCAUUGCCGGCGAGGACGAGAUUGAGUGGAUCUUGAAGGAAGUCAAGCGCUACCUCCAGCCCGAGAUCAACGUCAGGCGCGGCGACGUCCUGGCUGCCUGGUCUGGUAUCCGUCCCCUCGUCCGUGAUCCGUCCAAGGACAAGUCGGAGGGUCUCGUGCGCAACCACCUGGUGACCAUGUCUGACUCUGGCCUGCUCACCUGCUCUGGUGGAAAGUGGACUACGUACCGCCAGAUGGCCGAGGAGACCGUUGACGAGGCCAUCAAGCAGUUCAAGCUGUCUCCUCAGGCUCUUUCGGACGCACCUCUGGUCAGCGGAACACAGGUCAAGGACGAGGCGCCCCUCGACGGCACCUGCCAGACGCACCGCGUCCGCCUUGUCGGUGCCCACGGAUUCUCCAAGACCCUCUUCAUCAACCUGGUCCAGCACUACGGCAUCGACACGGAUGUAGCCAAGUACCUCUGCCAGGCCUACGGCGACCGCGCGUGGACCGUUGCCGCGCUCUGCGAGCCCACCGAGACCCGUUUCCCCGUUCGCGGCAGGAAGAUUUCCGAGCUGUACCCCUACGUCGACGGUGAGGUCCGCUACGCCGUCCGCCACGAGUACGCGCAAACCGCCACCGACGUCAUCGCUCGCCGCAUGCGUCUUGCCUUUUUGAACGCGCAAGCCUCGCUCGAAGCCCUGCCCCGCGUCAUCGACAUCAUGGCCGACGAGCUGAAGUGGGACAGCAAGCGCAAGGACACCGAGUUCAAGAACGGAGUCGAGUUCCUCGGCUCCAUGGGCCUGCCCAAGAACAAGCUCAGCCUGACGCGCAAGGACGUCGAGAGCGGGAAGGUAGGCAAGUACGCCGACGAGGAGUACCAGCUCUACGCACGCCAUGGUGAGUCUGAUCUCCAGCACUGUGCUGAUCUGUUUGACAUGGGAAUUGCGCUAAAUCGUGGGUUUGCAGACAAGCCCGAGGAGCUGCUCGAGAGCGACUCCAAGUACGCGCAGGGGCAUAACCCGGUAGUUGGCAAGGACUCGCCCGCCAACAAAUAG